AUGCAGCGUCUUAUAUUCCUCAUUCUUGUAGCUGUAUGGAGCGCUGAUUCUCAUGAGGGGGUUGCUAAGGAAGAAGGGCACUACUACCAAACUACGCCGGAGCAAAUAUAUGGAUACGAACAGCCACAGUAUCCUCCACCAGCAUAUCAGCAGCCAUUCUAUCAGCCCCACAUGAUGAUGCCACCAUUUGCACUGCCAACCUAUGACGUGGCCUACUGCUCCGUCCAUGCGUCCUUCCCACUUGUCGGAGCUCGAAGAGUGGCCUACUGCUCCGUCCAUGCGUCUUUCCCACUUGUCGGAGCUCGAAGAGAUGACGAUCGCCGCCGCCACCAUCGACUUCGAAAAUUCGAACGACAGUCAUGUCGCUACUCGGCUGUGUUCUCAUGGGAAGCUUGCAAUACCUGCUGUAAAAUUGCCAGUAGGACAAAUGGCAAUACAAAUAUGAAUGAGAUCGUCGGAGCACUGUUUGUCUUUGAUCCAGACAUGGAUUUCCGUCGUCAUGAUGAUGAUCCAGAGAACAACAAGAACAAAGCCGUGCAGUGCGUCUGCUGUGCACCAAAGAGGUUCUAA